AUGAUACAGUCAGACAAAGGAGCAGACCCACCAGACAGCCAGGACAAGAAGGACGAGAAGCUUUCUACGGUAACCAAUCCAGAGAAUGGUAUCUCCCGAAUCCUGAGGCUUGUGCUACAAGAGCUGAAUCUGUUCUACAGCCGAGACGUGAACGGAGUGUGUCUCCUGUACGACCUCCUUCAUUCCCCGUGGCUGCGGGCUCUGCUCAAGGUUUAUGACUGCCUCCAGGAAUUUAAAGGAAAGAAGCUCAUUCCUGCCACACCCCACGCCCAGGCGUUAUCCUACGAGGUAGUGAAGAUAUUACAUGAAACCCCCAAGUCCCCUGAGAUCCAAGAGCUGAGACAAAUCCUCCAGGCUCCACACUUAAAGGCCUUGCUCAGUGCCCAUGACACCGUGGCUCAGAAAGACUUUGAACCUCUUCUCCCUCCACUGCCAGACAACAUCCCUGAGAGCGAGGAAGCAAUGAGGAUUGUUUGCUUGGUGAAAAACCAGCAGCCCCUGGGAGCUACCAUCAAGCGCCAUGAGAUGACAGGGGACAUCCUGGUGGCCAGAGUCAUCCAUGGUGGGCUGGCAGAGAGGAGUGGCUUGUUAUAUGCUGGAGACAAACUGGUGGAAGUGAAUGGAGUUUCAGUUGAAGGACUGGACCCUGAGCAAGUGAUCCAUAUUCUGGCCAUGUCUCGUGGCACAAUCAUAUUCAAGGUGGUUCCAGUUUCUGACCCUCCUGUUAAUAGCCAAAAGAUGGUGUAUGUUCGUGCCAUGACUGAGUACUGGCCCCAGGAGGAUCCCGCCAUCCCCUGCAUGGAUGCCGGCUUGCCUUUCCAGAAGGGGGACAUCCUCCAGAUUGUGGACCAGAAUGAUGCCCUCUGGUGGCAAGCCCGGAAAAUCUCAGACCUUGAUACCUGUGCUGGCCUAAUCCCUUCUACGCACCUUCUGAAGAGGAAGCAGCGGGAGUUCUGGUGGUCUCGGCCAUAUCAACCUCACAACGACCUCAAAUCCACCAUAUCGAUUUCUAUGGAAGAAGAAGAUGACAUGAAGAUUGACGAGAAAUGUGUGGAAGCAGAUGAAGAAACAUUUGAAUCUGAGGAACUUUCAGAAGACAAGGAGGAAUUCGUUGGCUAUGACCAGAAGUUCUAUAUUGCCGGUUUCCGUCGCAGCAUGCGCCUCUGUCGCCGCUGGUCCCACCUCAGCCAGCUGCGAGCCAAGGUAUGCGGCGCCAGCCCCUGCUCCGGCGCAGCGGGCGCCCCGUACGAGGAGGUGGUGCGGUACCAGCGAUGCCCUGCAGACAAGCACCGCCUCAUUGUGCUCGUGGGACCUUCUGGUGUGGGAGUAAAUGAACUGAGGAGACAACUCAUUGAACUUGAUCCGAACCGUUUUCAAAGUGCUGUGCCACAUACUACUCGUUCCAAAAAGAGUUAUGAAAUGGAUGGCCGUGAGUAUCACUAUGUGUCAAAGGAAACAUUUGAAAGCCUCAUGUAUAGUCACAGGAUGCUUGAGUAUGGUGAGUACAAAGGCCACCUGUAUGGCACUAGUGUGGAUGCUGUUCAAGCAGUCCUUGAUGAAGGAAAGAUUUGUGUCAUGGACUUAGAGCCUCAGGGUAUUCAAGUGGCUCGAACCCAUGAACUGAAGCCCUAUGUCAUAUUUAUAAAGCCAUCUAGCAUGAGUUGUAUGAAGCAAUCUCGGAAAAAUGCCAAGAUCAUUACAAACUACUUUGUGGACAUGAAGUUCAAGGAUGAAGAUCUACAAGAGAUGGAGGAUUUAGCCCAAAAAAUGGAGACUCAGUUUGGCCAGUUUUUGGAUCACGUGAUUGUGAAUGACAGCUUGCAAGAUGCAUGUGCCCAGUUGUUGUCUGCAGUUCAGAAAGCUCAGGAGGAGCCUCAGUGGGUACCAGCAACAUGGGUUUCCUCUGAUACUGAAUCUUAAGGAGGCCUUCUGCUUAAUACUGGAGUUGUAACAAUGUUCACCUAUUACAGAG